GGAGAUCCCUGGGGGUGGAGGAGGUGGCCGGGAAGUCAGACCUGGUCAGGCUCCCCGCCCCCGCCUCCCUGCCUGAAUCUUGAGGGUGGGGAGUCCUGGGCCCCACGUGGCCAGAACAGGAACAGGCUGUGACGUGGGAGCCACCGUCCUUGAUGGCUAAAGCAGGUGUGAGUGGCUAGCCAGGCCCCGCCAGCCUGGGCUGGGCACUGGGCCGUUGGCUUCAGCCUUCCUCAGAGGGAUGCCCACCCCAGCCGUGCCACUAGGAGUCCAAACGGUGUGGGAGAGGCCCAUCUGCAUCCCCUGCUUUGAACCAUUCUGUCGAGACCCUGGCCCAGGUGGCCUGAUUGCAGAACACCUGGGGACGCACAGAGCCCUGUGUGCCCGCAGCCGGGACCCUUCUCCUACACAGCUGCCUCCGUGAGGCCCCUGCCAGAGCUGCCAUACACUUGGACCUGGGGCUCAGGAGCAGAAAGGAGGCCUUGUGAGGACAGGGACCUCCUGAGCUCCCCUGGACAUCUGGCUUUCUGCCCCAGGGAAGGGGCACCUCUGGAGGGAGCAAGGCAAAGGGCUCAGGGAUGCACAGCAGAGGCAUCUGCCUCCCUUUCACGCCUCCAGCUGGCUGCCCUCACAGCCACUGCCAGCCAGGGGGCAGAAGUACCCAGUGGUACAGAAGGGCAGGGGCUGGGGCCUGGGGGCCCAUCAGGUUGAGAACCCCUGCCCCCGACCACGGACCUUGCCAUGCCAGCUGGUGCCUGGAGCUGACAUGGGUGAGAAGGGGCCCCCGGGGGCAAGCACUGCGGCUGGAGGCCUGGCGGAGUGUGGGGAGGCAGCGGCACCGACCUGCCCGGAGGAGGCUGCGGCAAGUGGGCUGUAAUCUGAUCCCCAGGGACGCCCCCCGAGCCUCCCGCCCUCGCCCUGGCUGCAAGUCCUCUUCCAGCUCCCGGGGCAGAGUCCAGGGCGGCUCAAGGCUCCUCUGCACACUCCUGCUGAACCCGGAGCACCCUGAGCCGCCCAGCUGGGGCGGGCUGAGGCCGCCGCCAUGAUCGCGGGCCUGGCCCUGCUCUGGGCAGCGGUGCUGGGGGCCACUGCUCCUGGCCCUCCCCGCCUUCGGCUCUCCUUCCGAGAGCUCCAGGCCCGGCAUGAGCUCCGGACCUUCAGGCUGGACAGGAGCUGCUGUUAUGAGGCUUUACUGGUGGACGAAGAGCGGGGACGCCUGUUUGUGGGUGCUGAGAACCACGUGGCCUCCCUCAGCCUGGACAACAUCAGCAAGCGGCCCAAGAAGCUGGCCUGGCCGGCCCCUGUGGAAUGGCGAGAGGACUGCAACUGGGCAGGAAAGGACAUCAGGACUGAGUGCAUGAACUUCGUGAAGCUGCUGCAUGCCUACAACCACACCCACCUGCUGGCCUGUGGCACGGGGGCCUUCCACCCAACCUGUGCUUUUGUGGAGGUGGGCCACCGGCUGGAGGACCCCGAGCUCUGGCUGGACCGCCGAAGGCAGGAGGAUGGCAAGGGCAGGAGUCCAUAUGACCCCAGGCAUCGGGCAGCCUCCGUGUUAGUGGGGGACGAGCUGUACUCAGGUGUGGCUGCCGACCUCAUGGGCCGGGACUUCACCAUUUUCCGAAGCCUGGGCCGGCGUCCGAGUCUCCGAACAGAGCCCCACGACUCCCGCUGGCUCAAUGAGCCCAAGUUCAUCAAAAUCUUCUGGAUCCCGGAGAGCGAGAACCCCGACGACGAUAAGAUCUACUUCUUCUUCCGGGAGCUGGCAGUGGAGGUCGCGCCGGCCCUGGGACGCAUGUCCGUGUCCCGAGUUGGCCAGAUCUGCCGGAAUGAUGUGGGUGGCCAGCGCAGCCUGGUCAACAGGUGGAGCACGUUCCUGAAGGCGCGGCUGGUGUGCUCGGUGCCCGGGGCUGAGGGUGACACGCACUUCGACCAGCUCCAGGACGUGUUCUUGCUGUCCUCGCGGGACCGCUGGACCCCACUGCUCUACGCUGUCUUCUCAGCGUCCAGCGGCAUCUUCCAGGGCUCUGCAGUUUGUGCCUACAGCAUGAAUGACGUGCGCCGGGCCUUUCUGGGACCCUUUGCACACAAGGAGGGGCCCAUGCACCAGUGGGCGUCUUACCAGGGCCGUGUCCCCUACCCCCGGCCUGGCAUGUGCCCCAGCAAGACCUUUGGCACCUUCAGCUCCACCAAGGACUUCCCUGAUGACGUCAUUCAGUUUGCUCGGAACCACCCCCUCAUGUUCAAUCCGGUCCUGCCACUGGGGGGGCGCCCUCUCUUCCUACAAGUGGGAGCUGGGUACAGCUUUACCCAGAUCGCGGUGGACCGCGUAGCAGCUGCUGACGGACACUACGAUGUUCUCUUCAUCGGGACAGACGCGGGCACAGUGCUGAAGGUGAUCUCUGUCCCCAAAGGCGGCCGGCCUAAUGCCGAGGGGCUGCUUCUAGAGGAGCUGCACGUGUUUGAGGACUCGGCCCCCGUCACCAGCAUGCAAAUCUCCUCUAAGAGGCACCAGCUGUACGUAGCCUCUCGGAGCGCCGUGGCCCAGAUCCCGCUGCACCGUUGUGCUGCCCACGGCCGCGCCUGCGCCGAAUGCUGCCUGGCGCGCGACCCCUACUGCGCCUGGGACGGGGCCGCGUGCACGCGCUUCCAGCCCAGUGCCAAGAGGAGGUUCCGGCGGCAGGACAUAAGGAACGGUGACCCCCGCACGCUGUGCUCGGGAGAAUCAUCCCACCCCGCUCUGCUGGAGCGGAAGGUGUUCGGGGUGGAGGGCGGCAGCGCCUUCCUGGAGUGUGAGCCCCGCUCGCUGCAGGCGCGCGUCGAGUGGACCUUCCAGAGCACGGGAGAGGCUACUGGCACCCAGGUGCCGGCGGACAAGCGCGCCGAGCGCACGGAGCGGGGGCUGCUGCUGCGCGGGCUGCGGCGCGGGGACGCGGGCGCCUACCUGUGCGCCGCCGUGGAGCAAGGCUUCUCGCAGCCGCUGCGGCGCCUGGCGCUGCACGUGCUGAGCGCCGCGCAGGCCGAGAGGCUGGCGCGCGCCGAGGAGGCGGCGCCCGCGGCCCCGCCGGGCCCUAAGCUCUGGUACCGGGACUUCCUGCAGCUGGUGGAGCCGGGCGGCGGCGGCACCAGCUCCCUGCGGAUGUGCCGCCCGCAGCCCGCGCCGCGCCCUCCACCCGCGCCGCUGAGGAAGGGCCGCCAGCGGCGGACGCGAGCCCCGGAGCUGCGCGCCGAGCGAGGCCCGCGCAGCGCUGCGCACUGGUGACUCGACGGUCCCGGCUCCGAAGCGGGGAGCGGGCAAGGGCGGGAGGGGGCGGGAAGCGGCGGCCGCAGCCGGAGACACACAGCUAGGGCUCAACGAGGACAGGUCCCGCCGAGGGGCAGCCGCCGGCCUAUUUAUUAACAGACGAUAAUCCUGGAGUGGAGCCCCGAGGGCGGCGCAGGCUGGGCACCGGAGCCGACCGGCCGCGCAGAGCGGAAAGCAGGGUCCAGAGCAGCGGGCCGCAGGGGAAGGCGCUCCCCUUCGAGGGAGCGGAAAGCUGCGCGCGGCGAGACUGGCGGGACCGCGGGGCGGCCGACUGUACUAACGCAAUAAACUCGGCUCUCAGCCAGGCCCGGCAGCAGGCCACCGCCCGUGCUGGUCUUGCUGGUGGCCUGGGGCGCCUUCCUAGCA